AAUACAGGUUUUUAAUACAGGUUUUUCUUUUUUAUCAUAAGCUAAAAUGUAUGUGUUUGUUUUUCAGAGCCAGCCAAGACAAUUGCAGAACAGAGGAGAUUCCCAUUUGCCACUGAUAAUGACAGCACGAAUGAAGAGUUAGCUAUUGCAUAUGUGCUGAUUGGCAGCGGUCUCUAUGAUGAAGCCAUACGUCAUUUUUCAACAAUGCUUCAGGAGGAGCCUGAUCUGGUUAGUGCCAUUUAUGGCCGAGGGAUAGCCUAUGGAAAGAAGGGACUACAUGACAUUAAGAACGCUGAGCUUGCUCUGUUCGAACUGAGCCGGGUAAUUGCCUUGGAACCAGACCGCCCAGAGGUAUUUGAACAGCGAGCAGAAAUUCUGUCCCCCCUGGGGCGAAUUAACGAAGCACUGAAUGAUCUCACUAAAGCUAUUCAGCUUCAGCCCUCGGCCCGGCUGUACCGACACCGGGGGACGCUGUACUUCAUUUCCGAGGAUUACGCGACAGCCCAUGAGGACUUUCAGCAGUCCUUAGAGCUGAACCGAAACCAGCCCACAGCCAUGCUGUACAAAGGCCUAACUUUCUUUCACAGAGGACUUCUGAAGGAAGCCAUUGAAGCCUUCAAAGAAGCCUUGAAGCAGAAAGUUGACUUUAUUGAUGCAUAUAAAAGCCUGGGGCAGGCCUACAGAGAACUGGGCAACUUCGAAGCAGCCACCGAGAGCUUUCAGAAGGCCCUGCUGCUCAACCAGAACCAUGUGCAGACCCUGCAGCUUCGGGGGCUGAUGCUGUACCACCAUGGCAGCCUGCAGGAGGCCCUCAAGAACUUCAAGCGCUGCCUGCAGCUGGAGCCUUACAACGAAGUGUGCCAGUAUAUGAAAGGGCUCAGCCACGUCGCCAUGGGACAGUUUUAUGAAGGGAUUAAAGCACAAACAAAAGUUAUGCUCAAUGACCCUCUCCCUGGCCAGAAGGCUAGCCCAGAGUACCUGAAGGUGAAAUAUCUCCGAGAGUACUCUCGGUAUCUUCACGCACACCUCGACACCCCUCUCACUGAGUACAGUGUGGACAUGGAUCUGCCGGGAAGCUUUAAGGACCACUGGGCCAAAAACCUGCCUUUCCUCAUAGAUGACUACGAGGAACAACCUGGCCUGCAGCCCCACAUAAAGUAAGAGUUUCAGGUUGGGACUUUUUCUUUCCUGGCGUUUAGGCUGUAAGUUCAUCUUGCUAUUUCGAUUUUUGUUUGCUCUUUUGAGAUAGGCUCUCGCCAUGUAGGCCAGGCUAGCCUCAGACUUGC